AUGGUAGUCUUAGUUCUAAAUUUAAAUAUUCACUUUUCUGUAGGUGCAAAGGGAAAUCCCAAUGUGAAAGCCUUACCAAAAAUCAACGAAAAAUCUGAAGCGACCAAAACAAACAGUUCAUCUGAUCAGAGUGAUCAAUUAAAUGAUGAGAAAAUUACAGGUAUGGAAGAAAAUGAAGACAUCAGGGAAAAAAGCACUAUGCUGUUGAGGGAAUCUCUGUAUAUCAGCUCUGAAAGUAAAGAAAGUUUGAGAAACAGUGAGACUACUUCAGGAAUGACUCUGCCUACAGGCGUGUCUACCUUUCUACUGCACUGUUUGGACCUGGAUUCCAGUACAGAGUCUACUGAUAGCAUGAACAGUUGCCCAUCACCUGAAAUAUUCAGGGAUGAAGACAGUUUAGACAGAAAUAAUUCCAAUCCUGAGGAGUUUCUCAAAUAUAAGAAUUCUACUCUCCUGGACACCAGCAAAGCAGUGACCAUAGAUAAGAUGCCGCAGCUUUCAAAUCUUUCAGAGAUAUUAGAGCCCAUUUCAGAGGGUCAUCAAGACCAAAACAUUGGGAGAAAGUCACCAUCAAAAUGCAUAAAAGAUUCUUCUGACUUGAUGAGUGUUUCAACAGUUGUAGCAGGAAAACAAGUGUGUAGAUUUGUGUCUACUAUGGAAAAAACUCCGGAUAUAAAAAUCAGUACAUUCUCUUCAUUACCUGCAAGACCAAAGAGACAGCUUGAUAACCAAACUGCUAAUCCUAAAAACAUGAAGUGCCGAAAAAAAGUAAAAUUCAGCAGCCUGUUAAAGAGUGAGACAUCUUCAUGCCAUCAGCGUGUAUCUCCUGCAGAAUGUAUUUCAACUAAAUCAUAUGAGUUGACAGCAGAAGUGCUGCCAUCCAAACAACCAGACCUUGAGAUGGAAAUGAAUUCUAAAGUAUUGAUCACAGAAAAAAAUAGACAAUUGCUAACAAGCACAGCAUACUUUCAGCCAGAAGAAUUAGAGUCUCUGCAUAACAAAGAAACACAAAACAAGAAAUCAGAUACAAAAAACAAAGAAAUCUGCUCUAUUAUUAAAACUUCACCAGGGCUUAGGAUCUCCAUGGUUCACCGAACUCCAGUAAACAGAAACACAUUGCAUCCCCCUGAAGGAAUACCUGAAGAUGUUAUUACAAGUACCAAAAACUGGGUCUACAGUGACCAUGGAUGA